AUGUUACCGCUCCUUUUCUGUAAUAAUAUUGCUUUGGAGAUAUUUGCAGAACACGAACAGAAGCUAGUUUCUGUCUUAAGAACUAAUGAUUCUUCAAUUCCUCGGAAUCACGAAGAUAAUCGUCAAAAUAAAUUUAAUGUCAUUAACGGUAGUAUAGAUGUUGGGAUUU